UCGACCUGUGCGACUCGGUGAAUUCGCGAUGGUCCGUAUAAGUGUACUCAACGACACGUUAAAGGCAAUGUACAACGCCGAGAAGCGAGGCAAGCGCCAAGUACUGGUGCGGCCCGUCUCGAAAGUGGUCAUCAAAUUUCUUCAAGUCAUGCAGAAGCAUGGUUACAUUAACGAGUUUGAAUACAUCGAUGAUCACAGAUCCGGGAAGAUUGUGGUGGAACUUAAUGGGCGCAUCAAUAAAUGCGGCGUUAUCAGCCCUCGAUAUGAUCUUUCUCACACGGACGUUGAAGACUGGGUUGGACGUCUCCUUCCUUCUCGACUGUUUGGUGUAAUUGUGCUCACUACUGCCAACGGGAUCCUCGAUCAUGAGGAAGCUCGCCGCAAGAAAGUUGGUGGCAAGGUGCUUGGUUUCUUCUACUGACUUGAAAUAUGCAUCGUGCUCCUCAAGAAAUAAAAGUGAGCCUAUGAAAAGUUGAUGUAGAGCAUUUUGUAAGAAACUUAGUUGAACGGAACUUUUGCACCGUGUUCGUGUGUAUUUGAUUGAUUAGUGCAGAGUUCAACAGAAAUUUAGAGAUAUACUUUC